AUGUGGAGCAUGUUGAGAGCCAACAUGCUGCUGCUGUUGUUCUUGUUUUCAUGGCUGGCUUCUGCAUGCACAGCCUCUGUGAGCUAUGACCACAGAUCCAUAAUAAUUAACGGCCGAAAAAGGAUUCUUAUUUCGGGUUCCAUUCACUAUCCCAGAAGCACACCUGAGAUGUGGCCAGAUUUAAUACAGAAGGCCAAAGAAGGAGGCCUGGAUGUUAUACAGACCUAUGUGUUUUGGAACGGGCAUGAACCUUCUCCAGGACAAUAUUACUUUGAGGACAGAUAUGAUUUGGUUAAGUUCAUCAAGCUGGUACACCAAGCAGGCCUAUAUGUUAACCUCCGGAUUGGCCCUUAUGUCUGUGCUGAAUGGAACUUCGGGGGAUUCCCUGUUUGGCUGAAGUUUGUUCCCGGAAUUGCUUUUAGAACAGACAAUGAGCCUUUCAAGGCGGCAAUGCAAACAUUCACAGAGAAGAUUGUUGGUAUGAUGAAGGCAGAAAGCCUGUUUCAAUCUCAGGGAGGUCCCAUAAUUCUGUCCCAGAUAGAAAACGAAUAUGGACCAGUAGAGUGGGAAAUUGGUGCUCCUGGGAAAGCAUAUACCAAUUGGGCUGCUCAGAUGGCUGUGAAUCUUAAUAUUGGAGUUCCAUGGAUUAUGUGCAAGCAAGAGGAUGCCCCUGAUCCAAUAAUUAAUACCUGCAACGGUUUCUACUGCCAAAAUUUCACUCCAACCAAGAAAUAUAAACCCAAAAUGUGGACAGAAGUCUGGACUGGCUGGUAUACAGAAUUUGGUGGGGCAGUUCCUACUAGACCUGCAGAAGACUUGGCAUUUUCAGUUGCAAUGUUUAUACAAAAUGGCGGUUCUUUUGUGAACUAUUAUAUGUACCACGGAGGAACGAAUUUUGGCCGAACAGCUGGAGGUCCCUUCAUUGCCACCAGCUAUGACUAUGACUCCCCUUUGGAUGAAUUUGGCCUACCUAGGGAACCAAAGUGGGGACAUUUGAGAGAUCUGCAUAGAGCCAUCAAGUUAUCUGAGUCGGCUUUAGUUUCUGCUGAUCCUUCAGUCAUAUCACUUGGAAGACACCAAGAGGCUCAUGUAUUCAAAUCAAGUUAUCAGUGUGCUGCAUUCCUUGCAAAUUAUGACACAAAUUACUCUGUGGAAGUGAGGUUUGGAGAUGGGCAAUAUGACCUGCCACCUUGGUCCAUCAGCAUUCUCCCUGACUGCAAAACUGCAGUUUACAACACUGCGAGGCUUGGUGCCCAAAGCUCCCAAAUGAAGAUGACACCAGUAAAUAAUGCACUUUCUUGGCAAUCGUUCACCGAAGAAACCGCCUCUUCUGACGAUCCUGAUACAUUUACAUUGGACGGAUUGAGGGACCAAAUAAAUAUGACUUGGGAUUCUACAGACUACUUGUGGUACAUGACAGAUAUCACAAUAAGCCCUGAUGAAGGAUUUCUAGAGACUUAUGGGAGUUUGGAGAAGCGUAGACUAAGAUUUAGUGACAACGUGAGGCUGAGAUCUGGCAUCAACAAACUUGCUUUGCUAAGCGUUUCAUUGGGUCUGCCUAAUAUUGGUCUUCAUUUUGAGACAUGGAAUGUUGGAGUUCUAGGCCCGGUCACAUUGCAAGGUCUGAAUUCGGGGACACGGGACUUGUCACAACGGAAAUGGACCUACAAGGUUGGUCUGAAAGGUGAAGCAUUAAGCCUCCAUACUGUCAAUGGGAGUUCUUCUGUGGAAUGGGUACAGAAACCAUAUCUGGCUAAAAAACCACCCCUUACAUGGUACAAGGCUACUUUUGAUGCGCCAUCCGGUAAUGAUCCAUUAGCUUUAGAUAUGGUAAGCAUGGGAAAAGGUCAAAUAUGGAUAAAUGGACGGAGCAUUGGACGCCAUUGGCCUGCAUAUACAGCACAUGGUGCUUGUCACUAUUGUUAUUAUGCCGGAACUUACAAUGAAAACAAAUGCCUAACCAAAUGCGGAGAGCCCUCUCAGAGAUGGUACCAUGUUCCAAGGGGAUGGUUGAAUCCGAGUGGGAAUCUGUUGGUUGCCUUUGAAGAAUGGGGUGGUGAGCCAACAAAGAUUGCUUUGGCGCAAAGAGCAACAUCAUGUGUUUGUGCUGAUAUAUUUGAAGGGCAGCCAACACUGCAAAGCUCUCAGAAGCUAGCUUCUGCCAAACUCAUAAAAGCAAAAGCCCACUUAAGGUGUCAACCUGGCCAGAUCAUUUCUGAUAUUAAAUUUGCUAGCUAUGGGUGGCCGCAAGGGACAUGUGGAAGCUUCAAGGAAGGGAGUUGCCAUGCCCACAAAUCGUAUGAUUUUCCUAGAAGGAUAUGCAUUGGAAAACAAUUUUGCACAAUACCUGUUGCUCCAGCAUAUUUUGGUGGAGAUCCUUGUCCCGGAAGUGCAAAGAAGUUCUCAGUUGAGGCUGUGUGCAGCUAA